UGUCAAUGAAUUUUUAACGUUACGCCCCUGCGCCUUUCCCUGGGAAACCCCGAGCACGGAGCUGCCAACGCCCGGCGCAGAGAAACAAACAGAGCGGAUACGAUCUUGAAUGAGAAGAGUGGAUUGGUAAAAGCACAGCUAUGCAGACGAUCAAGUGCGUUGUGGUUGGCGAUGGUGCCGUUGGUAAAACCUGUCUAUUAAUCUCCUACACAACUAACAAAUUCCCAUCUGAAUAUGUACCAACGGUCUUUGAUAACUAUGCAGUAACAGUUAUGAUCGGUGGUGAACCUUACACCCUUGGACUGUUUGAUACUGCAGGUCAGGAAGAUUACGAUAGAUUACGACCUCUGAGCUACCCCCAAACAGAUGUGUUCUUAGUCUGUUUUUCAGUUGUUUCCCCCUCUUCAUUUGAAAACGUCAAAGAAAAGUGGGUACCUGAGAUCACCCACCACUGUCCAAAGACUCCCUUUCUCCUGGUGGGGACGCAGAUUGAUCUGAGAGACGACCCCUCCACUAUCGAGAAGCUUGCAAAGAAUAAACAGAAGCCAAUCACUCCGGAGACGGCCGAGAAGCUGGCCCGCGAUCUGAAGGCUGUCAAAUACGUGGAGUGCUCCGCUCUCACGCAGAAAGGCCUAAAGAAUGUAUUUGACGAGGCGAUUUUGGCAGCCCUGGAACCCCCUGAGCCCAAGAAGAAGCGUAAAUGCGUGCUGCUAUGAGCACCCUUUCCUUCUCUCCCCUCCUUGCUCUGCUAAGGCUGGCCAACAGCUUUGUACUCUAAAAGCAAUGUAUGAAAGAAGUGAGUUUAAAUUUUUGCUCUGCAAUAAAUAUAUAAAGACUACCCUGCACACUCAAACACACAAACAAUGCACACACGUCAGUCACACAACAGGAGUCAGAUAUAAGAUUGAGUUCCCUACCAACACAGCUAUUAACCCACGAAUCUAGAGGGCCUUUUCUAGUUUACAUUUGAGAUGUUCUAAAUAUCUACUUCACGGUGAGUUGUAGAGAUGCUGCCUUGACUUGAGAAUUUGCCAUUUAACUGAGUCGUAACAGCUACUUGCUCUUCGAGAGGUUUGGUUACUAAACCCGAGUGAACUUGCUCACGCUUGUAGCCUUGUGAACCGCCCUCUCUAGCUGGAGUUGGCCCUAAUCCCUGCUUCACCCUCGGUCGUCACCAGAAGUGCUCGGAAAAAAUUAGCUCCUUUGCCAAUAUUCCCACGUGACAGACGGUUGAGUCAGUAACGAUGUAAAUAAGAGUGGUUUAAAUGGGUGUUGAAUGGGGCAGAGAAUUGGUUUUGUCAAGCAGGGAACGUUCUAACAGUGUUAGCAGAACAAGUGGCAUCCUAAUGCGUUACCAGGGACCACAGAAGCUUUUCUCAGAAACUUGUUGUAAUGCAUGUAGGUAAGCCUCUGGUUUCCUUUGGAUAGGUUAACUUUAAUUAAUAAUAAUGUAAGCUGACAAAAGUUGUUGUAGACUCCACUUGUUUUUACCAAAACUCUUUUUCUUUCUUUUUUUUUUUUCCAUUGUGAAUUUUUUUUUUUUUUUUUUCCUUCUUCUGUUUUGCUUUUUGUUUUUUUAUUUGUUUUUUUUUUUUUUUUUUUUGUUUUGUUUUUUUUUUAAUAGUUCUGGUCACUUUUGUCAUUAUUUAGGGGCCGGAUCCCAGCAACACACUGAUCCACCUGUGAUUAUAAAGACUUUCCCUUCUCUAAAACAAUCGAUUAAAACCGUUCCCUCAACUAUUCAUUGACCGAACCAAGUUUACUUAUCGGUGUUGCACAGGUGGAUCAAGGUUGGCCUGAUUUCCAGUCAUUAUCACCCUUAUUUGUUCGUUUUGUUUUUGUUUUGGUGUUCAACCAAAUGCUAUGUAUGAAGUCUGUCCUUUGUACUGUAUAUGCAUUCUUUUAAAAAUUAUUAAACUUAUACCUUAAUUGCCUUUA